GUGAAUUUACAGACUGCUUAUUGUUUUGUUUUAGGGGGGGCUGCGGGUGCCUAACCGAGCUGCAGGGGGCAUCCUCGCCCUUGCACGCGGAGAUCCACCCCCAACCCCUACACUUCCUUUUAACGCACACAUAUACACACCCCCUCCUCCUGCCAAACUCCCAGGCCAGCGUCGCCAUACGGAACAUCCUGCCCUCAACGGAGAGGGGGAGGAGAGAGAGAGAGAGAGAGGUAGAGAGAGCUCGUGCGUGUAUUAAGAGAGCGAGAGAGACGAGGUCUGGCUUCUUCUGGUAGUAAAUUAUCAGAUUUCGAGCGCAAAAACUCGCAGAAACAGACAGAUCGGAAGGCAUCGUGGAAAUCUGCUUCAGCGGUGACCGGAACCAGCAGCAGGAGCGCGUGAAGCCUUGGAUUAAAAAGCCCGACUACAAGGACGGAUGGUCGCGCAGACGGGCGGCUCGCUCUGAAGUUGGACAGACUACCGAGGCACCGAGAGCAAGGAGCCGGCGACAGCCAGCAGCAGCUUUUUUUUCUUUUUUGGGGGUCCCUCCACCUCCCAGAACCCCCCACCCCUCCCACACCGGUAAAGGCAGCAGCAUCGGCGGCGGCACCGGGAGGCUGUGCCCGCGCACCCCGACCAUGGAGCUGCCUUGGCUGCUGGCGCUCACGGCGCUGCUUGCUCACGCCACCACGGGACAGAAGUGGUCGCUGCCUAUCGAUGACGAAGGGUCGGCGAGAGAUGAAUUUUACGACGACGAGGAUCUCUACUCGGGCUCUGGCUCUGGCUUUCCUGAGAUCGGUAUGAGGCCAACAUCAGUAGCUGUCACGUUCACCACAGAGGAACCCCUACUUCUCUCCACCACCCAAGCAACUGACCUCGCUCCCUCUGCACCGCCUGCAGCAGAGCCUAGCCCCAACCCAGAGGACCCGACGACCACCCCUCUUCUCACUGAAGCUGAAGGAGAGAGCGGCGUGUUCUUGGAUAGGGACCUGGAGAGGGAGAGGGAGCUGGAGCGGGAGCUGGAAAAGGAGAGGGAGAGAGAAAGGGAGAGGGAAAGGGAGCGGAGAGAGAGGGAGAGGGAGAGAGAGCGAGAGAGGGAGAGAGAGAGGGAACGUGAGAGAGAGCUGGAGAGAAUCCGGGCCGCCGCCAAGACCACUGCCGCGCCCCGGUCCCCUGCUGCCGUUCCUAUGUUCACCACCAAUCCUGCAGCCAGUCCUGCUGAAAGUGCAGCGCCCUCUGCUGGUUCAGAUGACCUGAGCGCCACAGAAGAAGAGGAAGACAUCUACCUUUCGCCAGAGCCCAGCUUGCUUUACCCAGGAUUCACUGACGUAACCACUACAGAAGAAGACAUGUCCAUCACACCAGAGUCAACCCCUGAGCCCACCACAGCUGCAACAACCACUGCUACCACUGUCAAGACCAGGACCCCCUUCAGGCCCAGGGUUCCCAUGAUGACAACGACUCAGGCGGUGCCAACAGAGAGGACGACCCGCCCACAGCAGCCCACAACAACACAGGAGGGCACCAACGAAGUGGGUGCUGCAGGACCAAGUGGAGAUUAUGAAAUCAUGGAUGGACGCCGCAAUAAUCUUGGCAGCGAAAUGGCGGGUGGACCUGAUCUUAUCGGCAACUCUGUGGACGGAGGCAGCUCCGCGGCCCAGCUGCCGCAGAAGAACAUCCUGGAGAGAAAAGAGGUCUUGAUAGCGGUGAUAGUGGGAGGCGUGGUGGGCGCCCUGUUCGCUGCCUUCCUGGUGAUGCUGCUGGUGUACAGGAUGAAGAAGAAGGACGAGGGCAGCUACACGCUGGAGGAACCCAAACAGGCCACCGUCACCUACCAGAAACCGGACAAGCAGGAGGAGUUUUAUGCAUAACACUGACACGCCAGAGAGACACGCCGCACACCGGGAAGGGAGAAAGAGCGAGCAAGAGAAGAGCGAAAGAUACUCUAUAAGUCCUGCCCUUCCUCCUCCUCCUCCUCCUCUAUCCUUCCUACUCCUCUUCUUCUCCCCCCACCCUCCUUAUCUGCUCGGGUCUCCUCAUCCCUCUCUCCUCCCGUCUCCAUACUUGAGAGCGCCUUUCUCUCUGCGGACAUGGCACCUUCUUUUCAAAGAAAACGAGAAAAAAAGAGGACAAAAAAAGGAAAAAAAAAAUCCAAAUAUAUUCAGAAAAAAAAUAACACGUACACGCGAGAUGUUUUUAAAGUAAAUGUUGUUAUUAAUAUUCUACAGAUUCUCUUGUUCUGUAUGUAAUGAUAUGAUUAUUUUGUAAGAAAACAAACAAAACAAAACACAUGCUCUUGCAACCUGUGUUUUCCAGCACACACACACACACACAAAAAGAGCGAGAGAGAGAGAGAGAGAUCCUCUUCUGUUUUUAACGGAGCAAAUCUGAAAAAAGGCCUGAAAGGGGAGAGGAGAGGGGUGGAGACGGGUGGAGUGAGCCUAUGGACAGACUAACUAUUAGAUUGGGCUCUACUCUGCCUCUCACCACCACCACCCCCACUCUACACAUACACUUAAAAAAAAGAAAAAAAAAAAGAAAAACAAACCAUACAGAGCGUCUGGUUGGCCGCACAGAGCCCGGGGUCAAAGGUGAGAGGAAAGGUCUCUUUUGUGUGCCUUCCGUCAAUCUGGUGCUCAAAGACACACAAACGCACGUCCACAAAGCCACGCAUAAACACACGCUAACACACACACACACUCGUAUCUGCUCGAAGGUGGCGCUGACCUCUCGCUCUGUGCUCGGCCAACCAGAAAACGGUGCUCAGCGCUCGGCGUGUUUCACAACGUCAAGGAGCCGCUGCGGAGACACCGGCAGGCCCCCCUCCCUCUGCUCCUCUAAGCUGUAUAAAGACUAGUUAUGGAUAGUAAUAAUAAUCAAUAAUAUAUCAAUGUUCUUGGGCUGGAUGGUGAACAAUAAUAAUAAUGAUGAUGAUGAUAAUAAUGCCGUAAUAAUAAUAAUAAACAGGAGGAUGUGUAUUUAGCAGUUUAAAAAAAGUUUAUAUGUAAAUAUCAGCGUAUCCUUUCUGGCGUCACUAACCAUCUGCAUGACCAUGAAGAGUUUUUAUCCAUCACAUCACGUCAUCCCUUUAGAUGAGCUGUGCUCUUGUCACACACACACGUACGCACGCACACACACACCAAACACACAACAGCUGAAAUAAAACUCGCAGCGCACUGAAACACACCGCGCCGACGUUAAGUAGACUGUAAAUCAUAUCACACGAGCGCAUAUCGAACCCCUCGUCGCCGUCAUCGCCAUCAUCAUCGUCGUCAUAGUGAUAGUCAUCACUUGUGAUUUCCAGCAAGAUCAGGUGGUUUCAAUGUUAUUGGUUAGUUAUCGAUCAGUUGCCGGUUGGUUUAGAGUUUGGUCUGUUUGUGUAAAAGCACAACUCCACGUCCGGCCAUCAUCCAAUAAACGCCCUCCACCCCACCCCUCUCACACACAUACACACACAGCCAUAAACGCACACACCCUUUUGCAUGCCUCACCUUAUGAUUUUUUUUUUCUUUCUUCCAUCAUUGUCUCUCUGUUUGGGGAUGGGAGGGGCCUCUUGGAAGUGUGAGGGGCUUUAAUGAAAUUUUUUUUUUUAAAAAAAAGUUGCUCCCACGUGCACUAAUUCAGUCAUAACAUUUGCCGUUAGAGCUUUGGUUAUGAGAGGAAAAUGAAUUAGUGUUUAUGAGGUCAACGUUAACCUGCCGUGGGAGCAUUUUGGGGGAGGGGAGGGGACAACGUGAGGAGACAGGCGGGCUGUGCUUCUAUCUAAGAGAUUGUAACAAUAAACACACCAGUGCGACUGGGCUAGUAGCUUCUAUUAUACUCAGUACUGUAGAACAAAAAUGCAUGGGAGUCAAAACUAUACUCGUCUGGGUGUGUGCGGAUGGCUCUGUCUGUGUGUGUGUGUGAGUGUGUGUGCAUUUUUUUCUGUCCAAGUGUGCGUCUUUAAAAGAAGAGAGGGGCGAGUUAAAGCUGGAAUGUACUGUGGUCGAGUGUUUGUUUACCUACUCCAGCAGUUCUCACGCUCUUCCACAUGCAGGUAACACAACUCUUCCACUCCUGUGUGUGUAGUUACCUGGGCCCCCUCCUUCCAUCCCUCCCUCCCUCCUUCCCGUCGCCAGUCCAAGAAUACCUGUGCGCGCCUGUGUCUGCACCUCAUCUAAACCUGCUACCUGUGUGUUUGCGUAUGCAUGAGUGCUUCACCUUGAUAUUUCACAGCAGACUCUUGUGUACACUGACUAGCCUGUCGACGCGAGUGUGUGUGUGUGCGUGUGUUUCUGCGUGCGUGAGGGUGUGUUUAGUCUGUUCACUGCUGAAUGUGGGGCGGCUCGUCCCUCACAGUGGCUAUCACACACACUGACCGUGUCUUUUCACUGUCUGUCUGACUUGUCUACCUGUCUGUCUGCCGCAGGACAGAUGGACAGACAACACGCCACUUUCUCACAGGCAGGAAUGAUAUAAACACGUACUGUCUUUUCUAAAAGUGACUGUCAAAGUGUAAACGUGUGCGUUUGUAGCCAUUUAAGCCUGCGUAGCCAAAUAAGACGUGUGUGCGUGUCUGAGAGAAAGAGGGUAAAUUUGUAUGUGUGUGUGUGAGUGUUAGUGUGCAUGUUUGAGAGUGUGCGUGUGAGCGUGUGUUUGUGUGUGUGAAGCCCAGUGGAGGCUACACUACUCUAUGUUUGCUGUUCCCAUUCCUGUUUUUAUACAUUUGCAUUUUUUAAGGCUGAGUUUCUGUCAUUGGCUGAGUGAGCGAAAGGAGGCGGAUCCUCCACGCCACCGCCCUGUCACUAAUCUGCCACUCUGUUCCAAAUAAAAAACCUGAUUGGGUAAA